AUGACCAAGGAAUUGCCUGUGACCGAGAAUGUGGCUGACGGACUGGAGGAUGAUGACGAGGUGCCUGCUGCGUGCGCGUCUGUUUUCGGCCGGCGAGUUGGAGCGGUGGCAGACAUGGCGUUUGAUCUGUUCACGGUGGCGCUCAAUGUGACGGACAUUGUGAGCGAUUUGCUCAUUGCGUACGGCUACUACCAAGACGGAUACAUGGGGUUCUUCUACAUCGCCAUGGUCAUCUUUGUGGUGGCGCAGCUACUGUACACAGCGCAGGGCGCGAUGGCGAUCAUUGCGGUCGAUGGUCGGAUCCACUUUGACCACGGGGCGGGAUCCCGUGCUACAGCCUCGUGGAUCCGGGUUGUUCUUGUCUACCUGUUGAUGCUUCCGUUUGGCCAGUUUGUCCCGCUGAUGAUGUGGAUGUAUACCAAGCUCAGGCUGCGGAUCAUGGACGCGUUUGUUUCUGCCUGCAUCUGGUUCAUCGCCAAGCCCGAGCUGCGCACAAAGCGGGCAGCCGAUCGGGCGGCUGGGCGGUCGCCGAACGAGAUCAGCGAUCCUGGGUCGUCUCCGGAUCCGCUGCGGGCCUACCUGCUCCGCAAGGCGAUGACGCACAUGGGCUUUGUGCUCGAGUCGCUCGUCGAGUCUGUUCCACAGUCGAUCCUGCAGAUGGUGGCGAUUCUUGUGACCGGACAGGUGACCGGGCUUUCUGUGUUCUCGAUCUGCGUCUCGAUCGUGUCUGUGGCCUCCAAGGGCUUCCUCCUCUCGUACUCGAUUGAUCGGAUCACGUUUGUGGUCAACUACCUCUCUUACGUGGUAGAUGUCUUUCUCAUCUUUGCCGAAAUCUCGUGGCUGUUCUACACGCCCGAGUCUGGCUCUGCGGCGGCAGCAUUGUGGUCCACAAGCGGCGGGGUACUCCCGAUGACAACGCACGUGCUCACGCUGGUGUGGUUCUGGAAGUUCUUUGUCAUGUGUGGGACGGCCGCCGCGCUUGCGCUGUACUCGGGAUUUGUGCACGUCAUUGGCAUGCUCUUCAGCGCGCAGUACCGCAGCGGGCCUGUUGCCCUUCUUGACGUUCUCUUGCACUUUUUGGCCGCUGCUGGCAUGCUCCUCAUGUACGCGCCGGUGAUGGUUGCGCUGGCGGCGUUCAAGUUUGCCUCGAUUCCGCUUCUCGUCUCGCGCUCGCUCAACGACCCGUACUCGCGGUUCGCCAAGUUCUACUCGUGUGCCUUUGCCUGGCUCCGGGACGGGAACACUAACGAGCGCAAGGCCAAGUUGGUGGCGUUCAACCAGGCCAUGAUCGAGUUGACGCAUCGCGGAACCAAUAGGGUCUCAAUUGUCGUUUGCGUGACUAAUCUCUCGUCAUACUCCAGGAUGAUCACCCAGCGUGUCAUCCAGUACUUUGUUCUGCUCAACAACAGCGAUGAGUACUCGUACGCCGAGCACCGGCGGCUGCGCGGAACCUCGAUUCGCGGCUUUAUCCAGUUCUGGGUCCAGAACUUCCGGUCGGACCUACAGAAUGAGGAGGACUGGAUUGACGUGCUACAGAUGGUCUCGCUGCUCUGGGCCCAGUUUGUGCUUUCUCCGGUAGUGGUGGUCGGCAACGUGUUUGGUGCGGUCUAUCCGAUGGCAAUGCUCAUUGUCCAUGCCCGCGCCACCGGCACUGUCCCGCCGCUGCAGCUCUUCCUCACGACCACCGUUAUGGCCAUCCAAGUUGUGCUCCUCCUGCUUUCGCCGGCAAUGCUCCGGUUCAAGUACCUUUCGUCGCACAUCGAGAUGUUCCACUAUCCAGCGCCCGACAUCGACGAGACGAUGACCGCCAUCCUGGCCAGGUACGAGGCCGGAAAGCCCGGGGAAGAGAUCCUGCGGAUCCGGGCUAUGUACGCAGCUGCCAACGAGCGCCUUACUUCGCGGCAGAGCUGGAGGGCCCGGCUGGAAAACGAUCGUGGCAACAUCAACGACUUUAUCACUCGUCCGGCGAGCGUCAAGCCUGUCGUCGAGACCCAGGCCGCGGGCCGUGCGGUGGUAAUCUCGGCGCCGGCGGUCAAGGUCGACGACGUGGCGCCCGAUGACGAUGUCGAGCGGCUGUGCGAGGCAGGUUGGCUUGGCGCCAACCGGUCAGCGUCGUCAAGCUCGAGCUCGAGCUCGGUGGUGUCGAUGGUGUAAGCUAAGCUCAAGUUACUAAAUCAGUGCCUGAAGGAC